AUGAAGUCAUUACUGAUUCUGUUCCUGUGCGCUGUGCUUGUUAUCACUGAGACUCAGGCCGAAUUGAGCCACUAUGGAGCGAGAGCGAAUCGAGUGAAGAGACAAUGGGGCUGGGGAUGGGGACCGUUCGGUAUGGGAGGACUGGGAGGAUACGGAGGCUGGGGCGGCUAUGGCGGCUAUGGUAUGGGAAUGUAUGACCCAUUCAUGAUGGGUGGAAUGGGCAUGUGGGGCUAAUUCUCGUCUACAAAGAGCUCUAUCAGAUAAUCACUAAUAAUGCCCAGAUUUCCUUCAGCCUGCAAAAUGCACCAACAUGUUAUCUUCAGCACUAUUCGAACGAGAACAACAAUCUGGAAAUCUUACGUCCUUCGAUUAUUCUGAUAUAGAUGUUAAAGAAAAUUGCAUUCCAUUGAUGUGCUUAUUCAUGAUAUAUUUAUUGUUUUACUUUCAUUUUCACAUAUGAUAUCGCCUUGAUUUAAUAAAAC